UCUUAUUAUUGUCAAGAGUUGAGUGUUUCAUUCCGGCAUUUCGUCGAACACGUCUCGGUCGCAGCGAUGAACUCAGUCCCGGAGGGCGUCGUGCAGCACAUUCUCUCCCAGAUGAGCAAUGCGCGCGACAUAGCAUCGUGCGCCUGCGUCUCCAAGCGCUGGAAGGACUCCAUCCCCUUCCUGCCCUCCCUCUACUUCCCCCGUGGCGUCUUCGAUGGCCUCCCCCGCGCUGACGCUGAUGCCGCCAUCUCCCACAUGGUCUCCUCCGCCUUGUGCCUUGAGGAGCUCGUCAUCUACUGCCCUUUCUCCGCUUCUCAUCUCGCCUCCUGGCUCUCCCUCCGGAGCCAUUCCCUCCGCCGGCUUGAGCUCCGGAUGGACUGCACCGCCGAAAAGCCGGCUCCCUGCCGGCUUGACGCCAUUGGAUCUGCCAAGAAUCUGGAGGAUCUCAAGCUCUGGGGCGUUUCUCUGACGAAAUCCCCCAACUGGGGUGUUCUUCAGCGCUUGAGGGUUUUGGAGAUUGUUGGGGCGGCCGUGAGGGAUACUGCGAUCAAGGAUGUUGUGCAGGCGUGCCCUAAACUUGUGGAGUUGGCAUUGCUUGGUUGCGAUGGUUGCAGCUCCGUUUACAUUGAAUUGGAUAGCUUGGAGAAAUGCAGGUUGGAUUUCCUUGGUUCUGCUAAUUCUUCCGUUCAUCUCUCUUCUCCCAAGCUUGUGAAUCUCGAGUUGCAAGGGUUUAGUUGGAUUCAUGUUAAUGAGAGGCAUUCCCUUCGCCGUCUAUCUAUUGCUAAAACUUCAGGUAGUGUGUACAAGGUGGAUGUUGGAAAGCUGCCUGAUUUGGAGUAUUUGUCAAUCAGAGGUGUGCAAUGGAGUUGGAAUGCAAUAAGCUCUGUGCUCCAAUCUGGGAGUGAGGUGAAGCAUCUGCUUAUGAAGAUUGAAUUCACUGGAGAUUUAGACACACUUCAACCAUUUCCGCAAAUCGACCUUGUUGAUUUCUUCAACAAUCAUCAGAAGCUAUGCAAGUUUGAAAUCCACGGCGCUAUGUUUGCGGCAUUGUGCCAGAAGAACAGCCUUAAAAAUUUGGAUUCCAGAUUCAGUAUUCCUUGCUUGGAAGAGGUUCUUGUUACGGUCAGGUCACCGUUGAAUCCAUUGCAAAAGCUGAACACUCUUGAGUCAUUGGUUAAGUACAGUGUCAAUCUGCAGAAGCUGGUGAUUAGAAUCUCUAAGAUGCGAAACUGCCAUGAGACUGCGGAUGAAUUCUUUAAGCAGAUAUGCAAAUUCAAGCAUAUGAAUCAUAACAUAGUUCACAUCGAAUAAACUCUUCGCCGACUGAUCUGGUAUUCUUUUGAUCGACGCAACCUUUUACUGAUGUCAUUGACCAUUUUUCCAUUUCAUACUCUCUCUAUAUUUACAUGUGUUUCCAAACUUCAUGCCAUCCAUGCUACAAACUGUGAAAAAAUGACUGCAAAUGUGAGCUUGCAGUCUGCUUCUUUUUUAUAUUAUGCUUGUGAGCAUUUGCUAAUUUGAUCUGGUUAGCAAUGCAGCAUUUAUAUUGGCCUACAAUAAUAACUGGAACUUGUUCAUGAUUUAAUGAUA